AUGUUCCCCGGGAAGCUUGCACUGCUGGCCUGCACUUUCGGGGUUGUCCUGUCGCGAUCUGCAGGGCAAGACUGUGAGAUCCAGGGAAGGCCAGAGCCAGAGGAUGCUGGAGAUGCCAGUGUUUUUCUUCAGCAAGAUCUCCACCUGCGGAAGGAUGGGCUUGCAGCACGUGCGGUGACAAUCGAUAUCAGUCAGAGCCAGGCUGUCGCACGUGUGUCGGAUCCACCAAACAAAUCUGGGGUUACUGUGCCAAACUUGGGUGUGAGAGUUGUGGACUUCGGCUGGGCAGUAUUCGUCCCGAUCGUCGCUGUAUGGGUGGCGGCCUUUCUGCAUGAGCGGAGAGUUUCCGAAAGCAGGAGAACAAUGAUUGGCUGGGUGCCCCUGCAGAGAAAAGCUUGCCAGAUUUUCUGCACGUGGCAGAGCUUGGGCGGCUUCCUCCUGGGUGGCGCGAGCAUGCCCCUGGUGCUGGACUAUGCACUCAGCCUGGACCAAACUCCAACAGCAUCUGGAUUCUUUAUCGGCAUCCAGCUGGUCGCGUCGGUUCUGGGAACCCUCGUCGGCAAUCAGCUCGUUGCCGAGACGAGGUGGAACCAGUUCUUCGUCAGGCGGCUGCUGCUGACUGUCUACUUCUUCACCUCCCUUUCGACCUUGGCCUUGGCGUGCUUUCUGAACUGGACUGCCGCGAGCAGCCAUGUGAGCCUCGUUUGGUGGGCUGGGAUUGCUUGGAACUUCAUGAUCGCCUUUGUUGCGGGCAUUCCGAACGUUAUUGGUGUGCUCCUCUGGACUAAAGUCACCAACCCAGGCAAUCGCACGAUAUGGACCGUCAUAAUGCAAUGCUCCCGAAGCGCCGGCAUGGCUAUCGGCCCUGUCUGUUUCUCGCUGAUAAGCCGGGCGGUUAUCAAGGGAGGCGACGCCGUGAGCCCUCGGAGCAUGAUGGCCUGGGUUUGUGUCUUCAGUACUUGGGUUGGCCUCGUCUCCCUCUCAAUCUGCGUCUUCGGGCUGCCAACCGAGCUCCCCCCAGCACUCCCAGAGACCCAGGUUGAGGCGGCUCCUACGGCCAGGAAAUCAGGGGAGGCCCGGCCGGAAGAGCUGGAAGAUCCCGACAGACAGACGGUGUAUUGGAAGAUGUUCGCACACUUUUGCGAGCGGCCAAUGACACUCGCAGCAAUUGAGGUGUCCAUCACCAUGAUGCUGGAGUUGUUCUACGGCUGGGAUGCCUAUCAUUGUGGCUUCUGCUUGACUAUCAUGUGUCCGGUGGGCAUCGUUCUAGCUGUAGCCAUGAAGAUUUUGAUCAACAGCGGCUUCCUUGCAGAGUCCUCUGUCUAUUUCUCUGCGAUGCUGGCCUCCGUCAUCGGCGCUGCGAUGCUUUUUGAUGGGGGCAAUGCAGGGGCCUGGACUCUUAUCGCAGGUGGCACGGUCAUUUUUAGUGGAACUGCCGUGGCGAAUGGCAUUGCAGAUGGUUGGGGGUCCCGGGCGGCGAAGGAGGGCACGAGUUUCGGCCAGGCACAGUUCCAGCUGCUGAAGCUUCUUGCCAUCUGCCUCGGUAACUUUGCUGGGGACACUGGUGGCCGCUUUCUGGUUGAUUUCGGCGGUCGCAACACUUACGCAGGGGCUCAGCUUGUGCUGUGCCUAUUGGGAGCACACACCGCGUACGGAGCCUGUCGGCCCCUGUGGGCCAAGCAAAACGAAGAGUGGGAGGCUGAGGAAUUUGAUGCGAAGAGCUCCGGCUGUAAGUUGGCGUCAGCUCCGGAGGACUCACCGAAUCCUUCCGAGGCUUCGCCUUUCAGGUAG